GUGGUCACACUAUUAAGCGACCUGCCAACUCGUUGUGCGCAGAGUUGCCAUAUAGUCACAAAAAUCUUUCGCAUAAAGAAGUAAAACUGACUCGCGAUGCGUGCGGCAUAGAAGUCGUCGCCCCCCAAAAACCAAGAUCCCGACCCCCCACACGCACACACACAUGUACAGACUGCGAUUGUUCAUAAAUUUAAAUUGAUUAAAAGUCAGAGCGAAAAAGAAAAGCGAACAAAACACCGGAAAGCAAGUAAAAUUAAUAAAAAUCAAUAGAGUGGCGAGCGGGAGGCGAUAAAACGUGUUAUCAGUGUGAAUUAAUUGGCUACGAAGAAGGGAACGAGCAGGAGGCGGAGGAGCGGGAGCAGGAGGAGGAGGUUGCUCCGGAGAUUGAGGUUUAGGGAGCUCCAAAUCCGCAUCCCGGACGCGGAUCCGGAACCCUUGACAUCAUGUCCGUGCAGCAGUUCUGCCUGCGGUGGAACAACCACCAGCCGAACUUCAUUUCCGUGUGCUCCUCGCUGCUGCACAAUGGCACCCUGGUGGAUGUCACCCUGGCAGCCGAGGGUCGCCAAUUGCAGGCCCACAAAAUAGUGCUGUCCGCCUGCAGUUCGUACUUUCAGGCUUUGUUUACCACAAAUCCGUGCCAACAUCCCAUUGUCAUCCUGAAGGACGUGCAGUACGAUGACCUAAAGACUAUGGUGGACUUUAUGUACUACGGCGAGGUGAAUGUGUCGCAGGAGCAGCUGCCGCACAUCCUCAAGACCGCCGAGAUGCUCAAGAUCAAAGGCCUAGCGGAGAUGCCAACGGAUCCGGCCAACCUUACCAAGUCGGACAGCAAAUCCUCCACCGACGGCACCGAGAUGGUGGGGGGCGCGGGAGUGGGCACUGGAGCGGGCAACUCGGGUGGCAGCCUGGGAGCCGCCAGUGGAAGCAGCGUGGGCGACUCCCUGUGGAGUAGCAGCGAGGCCCAGCAGUUCCAGCAGCAGCAGCAACAGCAGGCCCAGCAACAAGCACAGCAGCAGCACCAUCACCACCAGCAGCAGCAGCAGUUACAGCAGCAACAACAACAGGCGCAGCAGCAACAACAACAGCAGCAGCACCAUCACCACCACCAUCAGCAGCAGCAGAGCGGACAGGCGCAGGCGGCGCAGACGCAUCACCACCAGAUGCGACGUACGCCGUCACCUUUGAGCGCUGGAACUUCGCCGGCCACCAGGCGCAAGCGCUUGCGCAAAUCCUCGAAUAACGGUUCAGGCGAUCGCAACAACGCGGAGGAGCAGCACAACAGCUCACUGGACGCGGGCAGUGGUGCCGGCAAUGCCGGUCUCAGUCUCGCCCAGAUGAACCAGAUGACAUUUGGUGCGGGCGGCGGUUUGGCCGGCCACUCAUUGCACGCGGCCAAGCUGCUCAAAGAGUCGGCCAGCGCUGAGCUGGAGCAGCAGCCGCAGGACUCGGAUCUGGACGAUGGACACGGACACUUACAUAUGCAAAUUGUAAUGAAAUUGAAGCCCGAAGUGGACAUUGGCGGCGUGAACCAAACGAUGCCCUUGGACAUCUCCGGCGGCACCACACCAUCCGAGCACGAUGCGCCGAACUCCCAGUCCUCGCACUCGGGUCUGCAAUGGACAGUUGUCGAUUCCAACUAUCCGCGCUUCUCCCUGCCUGCCUGCCAGUCCAACUUGCUGGGCAACGGCGGUGGCAGCGGUGGUGGAGCCGGUAGCCAGAGCAGUGGUGCGAAUAGCGCCGGCGGCGUCAAUAACGAUCAGCGGCAGCAGCACGAAGCCCAGCAGCAGGCCACCCAACAGCAACAGCACUUGCAGCAGCUGCACUACCAGCAGCAGCAACAGCAGGAGCAGGCAUCCGCUUCCGGACAGGCCUACUCGUCGCAGAUCAUUACCGUGAACAACCUAGUCGGAAGCUAUGCGACGGCGGCCCAGAACCUUUCGCCCACCUCGCCCAAUGAGUCAAACAUGGUGCAAUCGGUCUACAGUCAGGGUCCCACGCCCACCCAAUCCCCGGUACACGCGGGAGUGGGUGGAGCAAGUGCGGCUGGCGGUGCAGCUGGCAAUGCCAGUGCUGGAAACGGUGGAGCCCCUGGAGCGGGCAACCAGGUGGUGAAGCGCAAGAGAUCGGUGAAUCCGCAGGGAGACGAGAACUUUAUCCGAGCCCUGGAGGCGGUACGCACGGGAGGUAUCGGAUUCUGCAAGGCAGCACGACUUUACGGAGUAAACAACAGGACCCUGUGGCUGGAAUACAAAAAGCGUGGCUAUCCGGUGUCACGGCCCAGCAUAAAAGCGCGUGUGGUCAAACAGGAGCCGAAUCUGUCGCCCUCGCCGACGCCCUCGACUAAUCAGGGCGACGACAACACCAACGAAACGCUCGGCAUGCAGAUACCACCCCAGGCGGAGACUCCGACGCCUUCGCUCAUGUGCACAUCGCACCACGCUGGCCUGGGAAGCGGAGCUGGCAGUCUGCCGGCCGGAGGAAACUCGCACCCAGCGAUCGGGGUGAUGAGCCUGUUCGAUCCGCGAUACAUGGAUUCGCCGGGCAAUGUCCACUCGAUGACGCGGCAGCGGUACAUCGAAGCCACCGGCGGCGGAGCAGGUGCGGGAACGGGCGCAGGAACCGGCACCAUUAACGUUAAUCCGACCACCGCCAUGAAUCUACAGAGUAUUAACUUCAACUCAAUAUAGAAUACGAUUUCGAGCCAGGCGGGGACGGCCACUCUGCUGCAGGCAGCCGCCGUGAUGGCCGCCAGCGAGCCAGCGGAAUCCCUGAGCAUAUCAGCCAUGCCCGUCUCCGUUCCAAUGGGCAUGGCGCACAGUUUCCUCAUCAACAACUUUGUGACGGUGGCUGCACCGCCGGUGGCUACGGUGACCAGCACGGGCCUGCAGUACUUGGACAAGUCGUAGGUCCGGACACAGAGCCCCCAAAUUGAUCGAUACAGGUAUUAGAGCAACGGCAGCAAUCUAGUGUAUAUAGCGGACCGCUUGUACGGCACAGUGGAGCGAUAUAUGCCGACCCAGGAUGGCACGGAAGUGGAAUCGGAUUCCUGCGCUGAGCUGAGCUGAGCUAAGGAAAGCAGGUGGAUCGCAAGGAAGUGAGGCGGAAGUGAGGGGCGAGGAGCGAAGCGAGUUAAGAGAGCAGGCAAGCCGGCCGCACUUGUAAUAAUACUUUCAUAGAACCUAAUUCCUUAAGCUAAACGUUUUGAACCCUACAUUUUUACGAUUGUUAACUAAGAAAUCGGUAGUGCAGAUCUUCGAUAUACAUAUAUAUAUAUAUAUAUAUAUAUAUAUAUAUAGCUAUAUUACGUGUAAAAGAAUAAUGUAAUUGUACAUAAAUUAUAAAAUUUUAUUAGUGUUAAUCGCGAACAUCAAAUGAUUUGUAAGCAACUGCAGCUAAAAAGUGGUGCUGUGUGCCAGCAGCCGACCAAACCUUGCGGAAUCCGUUCCAUAAUUCCACUUUCUGUAAUGCAAGCAAGCAAUGGACUAAACCAAAAAUUCUAUCUGUAAUCGUAAUGAUAAACAUUAAGGACAAAAUGAGAUUUAUUGGCAAUUUCUGACGAAAAUUUCCCACAUCCUGCGGUUUGCUAGGCUCUGGCGCAUCAGAAAUAAGUUUUCUUCCUCGUUUCGAAAGGGAUUUAAUUUCUGCACUUGUGUUACAAUAGCAAAUACCAGUAUGUAGGAACUCCCCGUGAGCAUUAUAUUUAGCUUCCUAUCAAUGUGAGACCAUUUUCUGUGUACAGUGACGCAAGUCCACUCUAUUCGAAGCAUAAGCGUAAUCGUUAGCGACUCCCGACUCCAUGCCGCACAAUGUCAAGAGCAGGGAGAUACGAGGAUCGCUGGACCGCGUACAAUAGACUAAGCUACUAGAUCGGCGGAGGAGGAGGAGCAUGUAAGCAAACCGGAUAUGUAUGAUAAAUAUGUACCAACCAAUAUAUAUGUAUAUAUAUUUAUAUUUGUGAAUGUAUACACACAUUUUUUCAUUUCUUUCUGAGUUACUCAAGGUGUCAAUUCCUGUUUUUAUGGGUGCGCUGGCACCAGGUCUUACGGUGAUCGACUCUAGGUUAUAUAUUUCCAAAUCCGACAACAUAUCUGAGAAUGGGGAGGGGUACUUUCCAGGGGGACUCGUUUACUUCGGCACUUAUUUGUACAUAGGCAGUGUACAUAUAGCGACUCGACGAGAUCGGUGACGGACUACAAGAUACAGAUACGCAAACAAACGAAACUUAAAGAUAACUCGUAACCACCCAAAAUCCUAAACGGAGACUGCAGCUAAAGGCAAAUAGGAAACCAAAACAGAAACGAACACGGAAGGCGGAGAUACGAACGAUUCCGGUUUUGAAUAACGAUUACGUAUAGUGUGUUUUUUAAACGAUUCAUAUGAAUAUUGUACUAAUAGAGAACUUUUUAUAUUGUGUCAAGGCAUACUAAGAACUUAAGCGUGAUUUGUUAGAAGUCAUAGAGUAACGUAAACUUUGAUAAUGGACUUUUAUUACUGUACACUCGCCCACACGCAUCAUAUACCACGAAGGAUCCCUACGAUCCCAAGCCAACCCGGUCCGAUCCGAUCCCAGACCACAGAACCACGGAAACAUACGAAACAACCAAACAGAACAGAUCAGAAGAGAACACGGAUGAAACAAUGCGAAAAUAGCCGAAACAAUAAGCAAAUAUUACUAACUCUGUUUCCUACAAUUGCAAAGUACCAAUAACUACGCUAGUUAUGUGUGUGUUAAAUUUAUAUAUAAAUUAUUUAAAUCAGCGUAAGUGCAUAAAGAACCGAUUGUAUUAUAAGUUGCAUGUACCAUACCAAGUAAUGCGCGCCCCAAACGAAUCGAAUAUCGCGGUGGAACGAACAUUCUAGACUGUAGUCGAUGUGCAAGAAACGAAUAAACUUUCAAAACUACAACAUACUCCA